AUGGUCACACUGUUUACAGUUAGAGAAAUCGCCAUUAUAUUUCGAAUAGGUUUUAAGAAAUACAUACGCAGCUAUUUCAAUUUCACGGAUUUCACCUGCUACUUGCUAUCAAGCUUAGCACUGGCGAUGCAAAUUUUCCAAUACUUCUAUGUUGAGCGCUUAUUGCAGAGGAAGAAGCAAACUGAUCAAUAUAUUUCUCUAGACUGGGCUUGCUUCAUGAGAGCCGUUAUUACUUAUAUUAACGGAAUUUUCAUUUUUAUGAUUUGGAUACGCCUGCUUACCUUUUUGACCAUUAAUCGUACCUUAACGGUAUUUAAUAAGGUGCUGCUAAGAAGCGCCAACGAACUGAUUGGAUUCACCGUCGUCUUGCUUAUCUUCCUAAUGGCGUAUGCAGAGUGCGGCUUGGCAUUAUUUGGUGUCAACGAUGUGAAAUUUUGCAGUCUAAGUAAUGCAUUGAUAUCCAUAAUGAGCUUGGCUGGGCGUAAAUUUGCAUACCAAGAAAUUACGGACAAAAAUAAGGUGAAAACAGGUAUCUACUACAUUUCCUUUGUGUUGAUUGUCUAUGUGCUGCUGGUGUUGCACGUCUGCCUGGGCAUCCUCGUUGCCGCCUACGACGAGGUCAGCGCCACACUGCAGACCAAAAAAACCAAAGUGACUACCGUCAUUCGUAUGUUUUUCAUAAGCUUGUACGAUCUGCUUUAUUGGCUCAUUUUUCGCAAGCGAAGAGUCCGCAAAAAAGUUGAUAUAGAUGCAGAGGGCGAAUGGGAAGUGGAUCACCACUUAAUUCCUCAAAUGGUGUCCAGCUUGACUGCCAAACGCACGCAUUCGAUCAGCGAUCCGGCCUUCCUAACACAGGAUAUGUACCUGCCUUUGCGCAUGAAACGAGUUUCCACACGUCUUCAUGUUUUGGAAGAGGUACUGAUCCCAGUCCUGAAGCGUUUUCUCAGGUAUUACAAUCACUUGCGCAAAGCACAAGGGCUCAACGUGAUAUUAUUUGAGCAAUUAGACGUGGAUAUUUAG